GCCUCGCUGCGUGAAGGCGGUGACGCUUUGUGACCCCUCUGCAGACGGCUCCGGCGCACCAGCGGCGUCACCGAGGCACUUUACUUGCAGAUCAUGCCCUUUAGCGCGGCGAGGGGUGGUCUGGAUGCUGCCCUCUCGCGCCGCCGCCUCCGACGGCCAAGGACAUGGCGCCACGGCGCGCCUCCUGUGCUGGCGUCAUGCUGCUGCGCCUUUGAAGCUCCCCUCUGCAUCGCUGGCUCGUCCUCGCUCAGCAUCCUGCGCAGGGUUCCGCCGCAGUUCCGACACACGCUGGCCCCGUAUGCCGCAGCGAGCCGUGCGAGCCCAUGCUGCUCACACGUGCCGCGGCCCGCUCGCUCGGCGGCCCACGCGGUCGCGCCUCGUGCCGCAUGCAGGGGCUGCCGGCUGAUCGACGGCCGAGCGCAGCCGCAGCGCAAGUCUCCGGGGGCCAGAGCUUUGUCACCAGGAGCAGCAGCGCCGCAGCAGCUGCACCUAGAUGAACAAGAAUGCCGUCCCAGAGGCAGGACCCUGUGCUUGUUGGCGGACCGCCGGGCUGUGGCGUACGGGGCCGCAUUCCAGGUGCACUCUCUCACGCCUGCGCUUGCUCCCAGCAGUACGCGCCCGCACAUCUCUCAGCUGCUCAAGCUCGUGACCACGCUCGGUCCCGAGGUCCGCUGCAGGAUGCAGGACCAGCUGGCACCGCAGCCUGCGAGGUGCCGGCGCUGCGGCGGUGGGAUGUGCGGCGCGCAGCGGCAUCGCUGACUCCGCGGCGCGGCGCGCGCAGCGGGAAGAAUGCACGCGCCGCAGCGGGCAGCAGUCACACCUUCGACGCAGAGGCUUUGGGAUUGUAACUCAUUGAACUGUGCAACCAUCGGAAGAGGAGAGAUAUCGUGGGUGCAGACGAGGUGCAAGGAGAAGCAGAGCUGGGUGAAAGGGCAGCAGCAGGAGACAGAAUUACAGGCGCGCGACGCGAGACGCGCGCG